GAGACACAUUACAGCGCCAGACCAGCAGCAAAUUCUUGCCGAGUUCCUGGCUCCCCUUCUGUGACAUAUUCUCUGCUGAGGCAUUAAACCUCUGCGUUGCCAUACAUUCAGUCAACACGGAAUUAGGUUGUCGCUGAGAGCGGGCAGGCUUCCUAGCCCGCGCCCGCAGGAGUCUGCAAAUGGCUCGCACGUUCCUGCUAGGGUUAGCAUGCGUGGGGUUGUUAUCUACGCUGGCUGUCGCACAGACGCCCUUCACCAUCACCACCGAGUACCAGCUGUUGGACAAGCUGAAUGCCGACCAGCAAGUUAUGCUUAAGGAUGCGGUAAAAGCAGCCUACACGGCGCUGCGCAAAUACAUACAGGCCAAGGUGCCCACGGGUCAGCUGCUAGCCGAUCCCAUCGUACACACGUACGAGCUCAUCCCUUCGCCGCCGCCGCCGCCGCCCUCGCCACCGGAGCCGCCCAGCGCACCGCCGGAGCCGCUAGCGCCGCCGUUCCCGCCCUCCCGCCGCCUGCUGCUGAGCAAGCAGCAGCAGCAGCAGCAGGAGUCGGAGCGCGAUGAAAUGCUCGGGCUAGCAGCCACCUCCUCUUCCUCUUCCUCUUCCAGCCACAGCCACAGCCACAGCCACAGCCGGAGCCUGCAGCAGGCCACCGGCAGCAGAACCGCCACCUACCCCGACUUCAGCCCGGGGGCGGACCCCCGGCUCUCCAAGUGUGGGCGGGCAACCAUCAACACCAAACAUGUGCGCAUGGCUGCUGGCGGCUCGCUGUCGAUGGCGGACACGCCCGGCGAGUUUACGGACCUUUACCUGUACGUCACCUCCGAUAACUCCGGGUCGGGCAUCUGCCCCCCCAUGAACGACAUUCGCGCCGCCACCUGCAUGUACGACACGGCCACAAAACGACCCGUCAUGUCGGCUGUCAACAUCUGCCCCAGCGCCCUGGACGCAUACGACCUCAACACACUGGUCACACGCAUCCUGAGGGCCAUGAUCACGGCGCUGGGCGUGGAGCGUGUGGGUUUUUUCGGCGCCGCCGCCCCCUCCGUCUACUCCACCUCCAUCGCUGCUGAGACGGACGCCGGCGGCAACGACCUCCGUUUCCUGGCCACUCCCGCAGUCAAGCAGGCCGCGCGCACCUUCUUCGCGUGUGCCGACCUGCCGGGCGCCAUGAUGGAGAACCUGCGGUACAGCUACUCGCUCCUGGACGGCGCGGACAGCUCGGUUGUGCUCAACGCCAGCCGGGCGUGGCCCUGGUCCGCCCGUGCCUCGGCCGCGGCGGCGGCGGCGGCGGUGGUGCAGUCCUGGCCGGCGGCCGGCGCCCCCAGCCCCCCCUCCGGGGCCAGCUGCUUCCGGGCAGUGUGCGGCGGCGCGGGCGGCAACGAGCUAAGCUACAACGUGCUGGGCACGCAGGUGCGAUGCCCCUCCGGCGCACUGGUGAACCUGACUGCGGCGCUGCCGGCCGGGUCCACACUGCUGGCGGCCACCCUGGGGCCCUGCCCCAACAACGACGAGGUGUGCGGCGUGUCCUCCCCCUCCGCCUGCACGCCCGCCUCCUGCUCCCCGCGCGGCGGCGAGUGCCGCGACGGCCGCUGCUACUGCAAGGCUGGGUAUGGCGGAGCCGACUGCUCCUCCGACCUCAUGACAGGCCUGAAGGAGGACCUGGCGGGGCAGACGUCGGCGUACUCGCUACUGGAGGUGUCGGUGUCGCUCAAGCUGCCGCUCAGCCGCUUCUACGCGCGACAGGCCCAGUUCCUCAAGGUCAUUUCCGACAACGUGUUCUCGGGCUUCACCUCCAGCCUAACGGCGCAACUGUCUGUGGCGCGCAUCCAGACCGCCUCCAGCCUGCCCGACACACUACGGCCGCUGGGGGAGACAAAUAUCCAGGUCAUCACGCGCUUCGCCGCCGCCAAUGCCCUCCAGGGCCAAACCGUGCUCCGGACCAUGCCGCCUCCCUCGCCGCCCUCGCCACCCUCCCCGCCCUCCCCGCCCCCCAUGCCACCGCCGCUGCCGCCUGCCGCUCCUCCCACGUCGGACGGCGAUGGCGGCCUUUCGGGUGACGAGAAGGUGGCCAUUGGCGUGGGCGUGGCCUUUGGAGUGCUGCUGCUGCUCCUGCUGUUCGCCGGCUGGCGCUCCUUCCGGCGCUGGAGAGAGGUGCAGGAGAAGAUUGUGGAGGGAGAGAAACAGAAGGCCAUCAAGAAGCUAGAGGAGGACAUUGCAAAGGAGAAGGCGCGGCUGCUGUCCGGCGGCGUCAGUACGAAGUACGGACACGGCCAUAGCAAGUACGGCGAAGGCGCGAGUCCAGAAGAGAUCCAGCUGACGGAGGGGGCUGUCAGCAGCAGCGCUGCUACUGCUGCUGCUGCUGCUGGCGGCGGCACCGCCGGCGGGGGCCGGGCGGGGCCGGUGGUCAUGGUGGGCCAGAUCACGACGGGGGCAGCGGCGGGCGGCGCGGGCCCAGAGAUCAAGUAGGAGGAGAUCAGCAGGGCAGCGGGGCCCCCCGCGUUGGAUUGGGACAUUACGAUACUGUGUAAGACAGCGUCACGGUGACGAAGUGAUAAUUGGGUGUUUCUUGAUGUUGACCGGGUCGCGGAUUGACCUGCGGGGCGUGCGGUUGACUUGUGAGGCCACUUUGAGACUGGAGCGGACUGCGAUGCCGCUGACUGCUGACAGGGGCGGGGGCAGGGACAGGGCAGGAGGGUUGCUGUCACCGUUCCUGGUAACGAACUCCGUACGGAGCAUACCGUACAUGGCAGGGGGGCGUACGGCAGCCGCGCCAAGAGAGGGGGAGGGCGUACGGCCGCUGCCUAGCAUUGCCUGACGUGGACAUUGUGCGCCGUCGCCACGGCGUCGCCGGCUCCAUGAUCUGAUGUGUGUGUGUGUGUGUGGUUACAAAGUGGCGACACAGCGGUCUCGCCUAUGUCUUGAAGGCGCGGUGAUCGGGCGUUGCUUGCAUUGCCGCCCCAGUAUUCAUCCAAACUACGCGUGGCCAAGUGCGCCCUGUUGUGUCGUACGGUGAACAUGCUUUCAGGACCGGCGGGACUGCCGUGAUUGAGUUGCAAAACACAGGGGCGGCGGGCAAUGUAUGUUCCGUCAUGGAAUUCAGCGUGUGCAAGACCGCGUGCUUGGCGUGCGUAGGUGUCUGAUAUUGGGCCGGGCGGGUCGCAAAUGUGGCGUGUGCGUGUGCGUGCGUGAACGUACGUGUGGUCGUAGGCGUGUGUGGCGGGGAGAUGGGUGAUGUACCGUACGAAAAGAGGACAACGAAGGAGAAUCGGUGACUUGGUGUUACGCAAGCGAUUUCCCUGAGCGAAUUCCGCCCAUUGCACCCGUGCUACCCAUGGUGGCGCCGCAGCGGACCGAUUACUGCGUGCGGUGAGGUAUCCUGCACAAGCACCGGAGCACGCUGUAGGGUACACCAACGGGUGUGUGAUGGGACAGGGUGUAGGAAGGUUGGCGAGGUCCCGUAGGGUGCAGCUGACGCCCAUACCCCAAGCAGACGGCAAACAAUUUGCCGUCACGCCCAGGGGUCGUAUCUUGUUUUUGGGGGUAAUGUCUAGCUCCAGACAAAAACGGCCGGGUGGCCGCCGUCUUUUGUCUGGGCACAUGGCGGUUUGGGGGCUUCUCCAUAGGAAUUCGGA